AUGUUUAGAAGAUGCAUACCUGAGGAAGAGGUAGAAGGAAUAUUGUUUGCUUGUCAUAGUUCUAGCUAUGCAGGGCACUUUGCCACUUACAAGACAGUAUCCAAGGUCCUACAAGCUGGAUUUUGGUGGCCAACAAUGUUUAAGGAUGCUCAUGCAUUCAUAUCAAGAUGUGAUGCUUGCCAAAGAAUGGGAAAUAUAAGCAAGAGGAAUGAGAUGCCACAGAACUUUAUACUAGAAGUUGAAGUUUUUGAUGUUUGGGGCAUUGACUUUAUGGGACCUUUCCCAACCUCUUUUGGUGACCAAUAUAUUCUAGUGGCAGUUGAUUAUGUCUCUAAAUGGGUGGAAGCCAUUGCCAGCCCUACUAAUGACGCACAAGUGGUCAUCAAGAUGUUUAAAUCCAUCAUUUUCCAAGGUUUGGAGUGCCUAGGAUAG